AUGGUUAAUAUAAUCAAGAAAGGAGUAGUUCUUGCUCGGAAAGAGUUAAAGAUGUUGUGUUCUGCAGAUUACUGCCUCCACUUUGUACCGCCCCCCUACCGAUCAGUUGGUACACAAACUAAAAAGAUCAAAGAGGUGGCUUCACGAAAGAGGGCUGCCGAGAGUUCAGCUGGCCAAUGUCCAAAAUUUAUGGCAGCUGGACCCUCAAGGAUGAGACAACCAUCCUCAUCAAGUGAUGAAUCCGAAGAGGAGUCAAGUUCAGCUGGCCUUAGUCUCACCUGGAUUCCGGCAGCUGGAUUGUCUUCUAGGAAACGUGAGCACGAGCCCUCCGACGAUUCCGACGAGGAGUCGUCGUCUCAUAAGAGGAGGAGGAAGGCAGAAGAUAAAGAAAUUCGUCUGCAACGAGUGGAACGGUUUCUUAACCAGAGGGAGGAAGGUGAGGAUGAUUCAAGUUCUGAUUCAUCUUCUGAUUCAAGUUCUGAUUCAUCUUCUGAUUCAAGCUCUGGUUCAGCUUCUGAUUCAGCUUCUGAGUCAGUUUCUGAUUCAGCCACUGAGUCAGUUUCUGAUUCAGCCACUGAGGAGUCAGUUUCUGAUUCAGCCACUGAGUCAGUUUCUGAUUCAGCCACUGAGUCAGUCUCUGAUUCAGCCACUGAGUCAGUUUCUGAUUCAGCCACUGAGUCAGUUUCUGAAUCAGUUGCUGAAUCAGCUUCUGAAUCAGUUGCUGAAUCAGUUUCUGAAUCAGUUGCUGAAUCAGUUUCUGAAUCAGUUUCUGAAUCAGUUGCUGAAUUAGUUGCUGAAUUAGUCUCUGAGUCAGUUGCUGAAUCAGUUCCUGAAUUAGUUGCUGAAUCAGUUCUUGAAUCAGUUCCUUCACCGGUUGCUGCAUCACCUCCAACUCCACCUCCCGUCCGGUCCCGAAAACCAAGGAGCACUCGGUUGCAGAUGCUGUUAGGAGACUCUGCCCCACCCUGCACCCCAGACGACGGGGGUCCUGUUUCAUCGCGGCUGCGUGAACAUCCCCCCGUCAACUACCAUGAAACAAGACUUCGCCCCCUCAGGAGGAGGAGGAGCUCCUGGUCUGAUUCUCAUUUGCCUAAUAUGAAGGACAACAAAAUAAGAAGAGAGUCUCAACAAGAGGAUGCAGAAUAUUAUCUUUGCCUAUUGGAAUUACUUGAAUGA